UGAAAUGAAUGAAAGGAAAGAGCCCAACUUUCUGAGUGUGCCAAAAAAAAAGUUUCAGACGCUGAGAGUGAACAGUCAAGAGCAUUCCAGUCCAAAGGAUCCCAAGCACUUUGGCUGUUGAAUAUACCUCAGUAAUUUUCCUGUUUUACCAGUUAUAUUUUAAUAAUUCUUUCAUUUAUCAAUACACAGACAUGGAUCCAUCUCAGAACACGCUGGAUGAUCUGAUGCUCCGGCUUUCCAGUCAGGAAAACAUCGGCAAUGACAAAGCCGUGUGUCUUUACACAGUGUAUGGAAUGCCUUUAACAGACGAUCCUUUCUUCAACACAUGGAGUUUAAAGGACAGGCACAUUAAAAAUGGAAGUGAGCUGUACGUCAUAUUUACACCCAAGCAGAACCUUCGGCCCGCAGUCACCGAAGGUUCUCAAGUCACUUCACAGGAGACCAGUGAGAUUCCCGGGGAUGACACAGUCCGGUGCCACAUCAUGCUCAAGGGAGACUAUGAAAUUCAGUUGGACUUGGAAAAAGACACACUAGGGGACCUGAGAAGGAAGCUGUCCAAAGAAAGCGGAAUACCUGUACAUGUCCUGCAUGCUAGGGAUGUAGAAGGAGGACCUGGACAAUCCUUGAAAGAUCUUGAGAUCAGCAGCCAGUCUGUGGUUCAUUUCUCCUUGUCUUCAUUUGAUAACACAUACAUGAAUGACACAGAGUUCUUCACGUGUGAUGUUUCCCCUUCAGUUCCACAAACGCAGAAGGGCAUGAGCAUUUUCCUCUCAACAUUCUAUGUCAUUUACAAAUCCGACUUCGGACACAAACUUCAGAAAGUAAUAGCAUUAAUUCGAAGGCUCACUGAGUGCAAUGCAUUAGCCCAGGCUUUAUAUCAGCUGGUGUGCAGAGGUGAAUUUGGGACCAGGAACCAGAAGAUUGCAAUUGUUGAAGGACUUUAUUUACUCUUCAGAGAACUGUUGCCCAGCAGAGCCAAAAAAACAUGUCCUGAGAUCAUUGAAGACUCAGAGGUUUUUGAGUACUCGAAUGUGUGCUGGGCCUACCUGAUGUCUCAGUCUAAGGAUGAGAAAAAUGAGGACAUUGCACCAAUAAGUUUGCUCUGUGAAGGAUCAGGAAAACGCCUCUGUGAGCCGGUUCGCAUUCCUGGGAUACCCUCAGUUUUUGACAGAGCAUACGUUCUGGACAAAAUAUGGAGUGGGGGAAAAAUCCCAGGCUGCAGUGAAGAAAACCUCAAGGAAACAUCGAUCCAGAGAGCAACCGAUGUUGAGAUGAUUUCAUUGAGUCUUCCUCUGUCAAGAACCUUCCCUUUGUGGGUUUCGUCUAGUUCUGGUUGCAAUUUUCAGUUUAAUCCAGAAAAGACAUUUGAGGAGAUGACUGAGGGUUUGUCAAUGUACUCUCACCUGGAACCAUAUCCACCUUUACGAUUGCUGGAUCUAGGACUCUGUGGACCUGGUCUUCUGUAUAUCAAAGAAGAUAAUCUAUGCGCUUUUUACAGCAGGGUUAAAACGGAAAAGCCUGAGGAGGUCCAUGUUCAUGAUUUUCUCACUGAGAAAGACACAACAGUAAAUGUGCAUGACCUGGCACGUGAACUUGGAGAUUUCAGAAAGAACAAGACCUUCCAAAUGAACAGAGUUCCAGCAGAAGCAAUACUGGUGCUGGUGGAUGCAAGCUCGUCUAUGAUUGAACAGUGUUACACAUCAUGGAAAAGGAUGGAUGCUGUCAAACAGCUGUUCGAUUGCUUUUCAGACCGGAUUAUGGCAUACGAUUUCCCCCAUGUCAUUGGUCUUCUUAAGUUUGGAAGGGAUGUAAACUUCCACAAGUUCACAGAGUCCCUGGAAACAUUCAGGACUUACGUUCGUGGGAUUGAACCGGACGGAAUGACUCCACUCUAUGAUGCCUUAAAUCUUGGACUUUCUGAGCUCCAAAACAUCAAGGAAUGUUUCCCAAACUGCAGACUCCGCAUGCUGUGUCUUACUGAUGGAGACGACGUAGGUUCUAAGAGUGAUCCAGUGCAAGUUGCAGUCAAACUGAUUGGUGCCAACAUAGUUGUGGAUUCAAUCCUCCUUGGAGCAAAUCAAAACACUGUUCUGCACGGAAUCAGCAAUGUGACAGGAGGUUGUUGUUUCAAACCAGAGACGAGCAAAGACGCGUUAAAGCUCUUUGAAAUGGAAACAGUGCUGUCUCUGGAGAGAAGGAAACUGAAAAAAAAAUCUGAAGUAUCCUCUGUGCAGACACUGGCUGAUUUAACGAAAAUCUUUCAAUCAUGUGGCUUUGAUGAAAAACCAGAAGUUGUACAUCCUGGAGAAUUAAGCCAUAAAGUGACCUUGCCACAAAAUGCUUUGAAAAAGAAAAUUCAGGAAUCCAAGACGGGUCGAUUUAUGGUCAAGGAUGGACGAAUCCUGGAGGAACUGAAACAUCUACAUGUCGAUCCACAUCCAUACUGCACAGUGCUUCCCUCAGAGACCGACUUCAGAUUCUGGAAGAUUCUAAUGAAAGGGCCUCCCAAUACACCAUAUGCAGAAGGAGCCUUCGAGCUCUACUGCCAAUUUGGAGAAGAUUACCCCAUGAAACCCCCCCUAGUGCGCUUCCUCACUCCUAUUUACCACUGCAACGUCAACAGCGUGGGACGCAUCUGUCACAAUAUAUUUGAUCGGGACUACUCUGCCCACGUAACAAUGAAAGAGAUACUGGAAGCGGUGUUCGGACUCCUGAUUGUACCGGAAGCUGAGGAUCCCUUAGACAGGUAAAUGAACUUCAGCACGCUCUUCAUGAACAAAGUUCUCAGUGGUCUUUGAGCGGUGAAGCAAAUACAUAACCUUCAAGUGAAGAGUGAAGAAAAUCCAGUGCUCACAAAAUGUUUUAAAU